AUGCUGCCACGUCAUGUAAAAGAUGACGUUGAGCCCAUUCAUCUAUUAGGCUUCAACAUUGCGAGAAAACCGAAAUGGCUUCAAUUUGUUCUUCUCUCAGGUGCAAUAUUCGUUUUAUAUGUAGGAUACGGGUAUAUGCAAGAGUUGAUAUUCAAGUUACCAGGAAUGAAACCUUUCGGGUGGACGCUGACCCUCAUUCAGUUUUUGAUUUACAGUAGUUGUGGAUACGCAGAAUGUCUUGUAUGGCAUAACACUAGAAGGAUGAUCCCAUGGAGAAUCUAUGGAGUUAUAGCAUUCUUCACCGUCGCUACGAUGGGCCUCUCCAACGCAUCUGUCGGUUAUCUCAACUACCCGACACAAGUAAUUUUCAAAUGCUGCAAACUUAUUCCAGUGCUGAUUGGUGGAAUUCUAAUUCAAGGGAAACGUUAUGGAUGGAUUGAUAUUUCUGCAGCGAUUCUCAUGAGUUUAGGAAUCAUCAUGUUCACUUUGGCUGAUAACAAAGUAUCCCCAAACUUCGAUUCUCGAGGAUACAUUAUGAUUAGUGGAGCUCUACUUGCUGAUGCUGUAAUCGGAAAUAUACAAGAAAAAAACAUGAAGAAGUAUGGAGGAUCCAGUAAUGAAGUGGUUCUUUACUCGUAUGGAAUAGGAUCGGCAUUUAUCUUUUCUUAUGUCAUUUUAUCCGGUGAAAUUUUCACUGCAAUUCCAUUUUUCUUCGAAAAUGCAUGGAAAACCUUUGGAUACGCAUUGAUAUUCUCAUUUUUGGGAUACCUCGGAGUGAAUGUUGUGUUGACACAUAUCAAAGUUUUUGGAGCUCUCGUUGCAGUUACAGUGACAACACUUCGAAAAGCUCUGACCAUCAUUUUGUCAUUUCUGCUCUUCUCAAAGCCAUUCACAAUUGAAUAUGUAUAUGCUGGAUCUGUUGUAAUGCUGGCAAUAUAUCUCAAUUUGUACAGUAAGAACAAGACUUCAUGGGACAAUAUGAUUCGAAGAUUAGUGGCAAGGGCAAUGGGAUAUCAUGAUGUCUCCGUAGCUCGAAAGGAUCCAAUGUUGGUCUAA